CUUGGGGUUGUUUUCUUGGCCUUCUUGCCAAACUGUCUCACUAUUCCUUGAAAUGCGUUCGUCGCGCAGCCAUUUCCCGGUUAAACACGCCUCCAUCCUCAGCAGCGAGCCAAGCAGCAGCUCCGACGGUGCCGGGCGCUCCGGGUGAAAGAGCAGAAAACUGCACUUUUAGUGAAAAACAAACCCUGAUCCCUGAUGUGUGGAGGAAAAGCACCGAGGGAUCCAUCGCUCUGACUAAAAUUCCUCAGGUGGUCUCCAAUGGAUUGAAUUUAAUCCAUAGAAAUAUGGAGGGAAUAGGAAACCAUGGAAGACGUAUCUUCACCUUCCUGCUCCUAAUGCUAAUGAGCAGUGGUGUGUUGACGGCAGAGAAGCAAUGUGAAUCCUGGUACUAUGAAACGGAUGGAAUAUGUUGCAAUAAAUGCCAUGCUGGUUUUAAACUGGUAGAAAAAUGUACUAGCAAUCAAAUAAGUCGCUGCACACCUUGUGGUGAUGGUGAAUUCUCAGACCAGAUAAACUUCAGUUCUACCUGCAGAAGAUGCAAAAGGUGCAAAGAAUCAAAGAAUGAAGAACAGGUAUCACCAUGUCAAAGAGAUAGCAACACUAAGUGUCAAUGCAAAAAAGGCUACUAUAAACAUAACAUUGAUUCAGAAACAUACGACUGCGUCGAAUGUAAAAAAUGUGGACCUAAUGAGACCUUAACACACCCAUGUACACGUGAAACAGACACUGUGUGUGAUUGCAAGGAGAACUAUUUCAGAGAGAAGGGCAAGUGUGAGCCCUGCAGCCGUUGUUCUCUGAAGUGCGUACAACACUGUACAACUCCUGUUCAGACAAAAGGUCCUGCCCAUCAUCAUCCACAGUUUAUGAAUAUGAUCAUCGGAUUUGCAGUUCUGGUUGUUUUGCUGGUUUUGGGGAUUUUAAUCACCUUCAUAGCCACAAAGCGGUCAUUCAAUAAAAAGAUGCUGAGUCUGUCCUCCAAAUCAUCUGUCCAGCAAACGGAGCAAAGCCAGGAUUUCCUGGUGAGUAUUAAUGAGCCUUCAGUGGAAACCAGUCUGGAGGACGCUACCGAAACCUCUUUUGGUGAGCAGGAGUUAUCCAAGCUGCCUGACUGUGUCCCGAUGAUCACCGACUUCAUCUACUCAGUACUGGAUCUGGUUCCCUUGCAGCAGAUGAAGCAGCUGGUUCGCUCUCUCGGUGUAACGGACACAGAGAUCGAGCAAGCAGAGAUGGAUAACAGGUACUGCCGGGAGGCUCACUACCAGAUGCUGCGGGUCUGGGCCCAGAGGGCGCCGCGGACAGUCGGAGGGGGAAAGAGUGAAACUGUACACCGGCAGGUUUUGGAGGAGCUCUUAAGCAAACUGAGGCAGCUUCACCUGAGCCGAGCAGCCGAGGAACUGGAGACAAAGUAUGCCAUUCAGUGAUGUAAUCCCUGCCAACCUGGAUUAAAAAAAAAGAAAAGCUUACAGAACCAAGUAUUGUUCACUUAGAAACCCUGCAGAAUGUGGAUUAAAGUGGACACGGUGCUAAAACCAAAGUUUUAUUUCACCAGCAAGACUGAGAGCUUUCCCUGGGAUCCUCCACACCAUUCACUAUGCCAGCAAAGAAUCAAACGGGACUCAAGCAAAUGGACCAAACAAAUGCAGCUUUAUCAAGAACUGUUUUUAAUAUGAAUGUUUUUAUAUUUACUUAGAUGUAGAUGAGAAGUGCAACACAGAUUCCCUUUGUCAUCUGUGAAGAUUUAAAGUACUUGAGAAACAUCUGACUCUGCUCAGUUAAAACUAACAUGAUCCUCCAUUUAUAUCUGUGGUUAAAAUUCAGAUUUUAUGUCCUGAAAGUUCGAAAUCUGACUGAAAGUUCCAGAUAAUUUAUUUCUGAGCAUGUUAUGCAUUCGACUUGAAGAAAAGUUGAACCAACGGAGGUUCAAAUAAACAAAAAAGUAAAACAUCUGACUUUAAAUCAGAAGAAAAAACUGAUUUGUGGUUUUCCUGGCUAAGAUAUUUUGGGGCUUGAAAACUGUGGUUAUCUUCUCAUCUACUGACUUACUGUUGCCACUUUAGAACAAAAUCAAGAAAUAUUAAUUUCAUUUAACAUUUUAAGCUUUAGAGACUCCUUGUGUUUUUUAACGGAAGCAAAACAAUGCCAUUAAGUUUAGUUUUAAACUGAAAACAUUUCCAUAAUAAUUUUUGAGUUACCUUAAAAAUCUAAACGUUUACCAGGUUUUAUUGCGUUAAUGCAGGAGAGAGUAGACAGAGAAAACUGGUAAUCAACACUUUGGUAGUAGAAUGAUGUUUGAGAUUUCAUUUAAAGUGACCAGUUUCUGAUGAAUUGAGGAUUUAAAUUGGUCCAAUUCUGAGUUUAUGUUAGUUUUGCACCUUUCCAGCUACUUUUUGAAAGAAUAUCGUUUCUGUACAUGUUGUGCAGUUAGACGAUUCAGCCAACUAGCCUGAAGUAGAAACAGGAAAUUGCCACAAAAUAUUUGGUUUAACAAAGGCUUUUGUUUAAAAAUCAAACCUUUUGAUUGGUGCUUGUUCAGAAGUUAAACAGAUUUUAUUUUUAAACUAAUUUUACAAAAAAUGGACUCAACUAAGUCUGCACUUGUUUUAUUGUGAUUAUAUUGUUGGUCGUUUCAUGCAGGAGUUUCACAGUAGAGAAGUUUUAUAUCUCUGAAAUAUAUAAAGCAUUUUUUACAGAGCUUUAUUAUUUUUAUUAUUAAGAGUUUAAUAGAUUGUAAUUGCUGUGUCAUUUCACUGAGGUCUGCUAAGCUACAUUUUUUUAUAACUAUUACACAUUUUCACUGUUGUAACUGAACUUAAACAUGCAGAUAAAAUGUGGUCUGGUUAGAUUAAAGCUUGUCAUAUUUUCAUAGCAGUUCCCUGUUGUGCUGGAGUAGAAAAAAAAAGUCAGAUCUGCUUUGUUGGAAACAAUGAAGCCGGGGAAGUGUUUUGUUCCUCCUAAGCGUAGAACAACUCUGCUGUGUAUUGCAGGCUUUUCACCGCCUCAGUAGCAUUCUUCUAAGCCCCAAUCAUGCAAGCAUUAUCCGUGACACGCCUUAUCUCAAGUCUGUUUCAGUUUUUAUACUCAUGCCAUCCUUGGAGACGAGCUUGGAACAGAAGAAGUGUAACUCUAAAAGCACUUUUAUGUUGCUUGACACUGUAUUAUUCGUUUGGGUUUUGAAUAAAGGUGUUGUGAAUUUUUUGCAUGA